UUGUCAGCUUGGAGUGGAGUGCUGACGGACGGCUGGAGCUGACACCGAGGACAUCCACCCUCACAGGUCUCAUUCAGGUCCACAGUAACUCCUUAGCUUCAAGAUGACCCAGACGGCAGCCCUGUGUGUGACUGCGGUGUUCCUAGCCUCUGUUCUUAGUGUGGACACAGCGGCUGUUCCAUCACCAGCUCCCAGGAACAGUGACUACGGGUACCACCGCCAAGACUACUACGACAACCAGUACCACCACAACGACCAACACUACCACCACCACCAGCACCAGCUUUACCGCCCCUACAACUACUACCAGCGUCUCAACCCUUACCUCCUCAAGGGCGGUACACUCACUGGUAACUUAGGGCUCUCAGCUGGACUUUUGGCCAACCCAUUCGCUGCUCUCGGACUUGGCGGUGGUUUGGGUGGACUUGGCGGUGGUUUGGGUGGACUUGGCGGUGGUUUGGGUGGAUUUGGCGGUGGUUUGGGUGGACUUGGCGGUGGUUUGGGUGGACUUGGCGGUGGUUUGGGUGGAUUUGGCGGUGGUUUGGGUGGACUUGGCGGUGGUUUGGGCGGACUUGGCGGCUACGGUACAGGAAGCCUGGAACUCAUGUUGGAAUUUUGA